AUGCUCCAUCGAGAAUGGGACUUCAAUAUCGCUCAGCAAGACGCGGAGUUUCGUGACGACCUUCGCGAAGCAUCCGGGAUAGGGAAGAAAAAGGGCAAGAAGGUGCUACGCGCCCUCAUAGGUGAAGGAAACCAAGCGUAUGUCGAUGGAAACAUUCCGGAAGCAAUACGGAUGAUGCAGGAAGUCAUCCGCAUCGAGCCUCGAGCGGCGUCUGCGUGGUCCGUCAUCGCUCAAUGCUAUGAAGAUUCCAAUGAACCGAAGAAGGCGCUGCAACUGCGCAUCAUGGCGGCGCAUCUUCGACAUGAUGCAGAUGAAUGGGAGAGACUAGCUGCACAAUCAAGAGAUUUGGGCUACAACCAACAAGCCAUAUAUUGCUACAGCAAGGUAUAUAGUCUUGAUCCGACAAAUGUCGAUGCACUUUGGGACCGUGCUUCCUUGGCAAAGGAGAUAAAUGACCUUCGCGCCGCUCGACACUCUCUUCUUGCAAUUUUGAAACGGUUCCCCCACGAUAUGACAGUUCUGGCAGAGCUUCGACCAAUACUCAUUGAAGUAUCAGAUCUUCCCCUCUGUGCCUCUCUUUACCAGACUGCCUUGGAACACUAUCAGACCGUUCAGCCCCUGGGUCCUGUACAACCCAUUGACCCCUCCCUGAUGGAACAACCGUUACCAAACCAAACAUUUGGCUUCAUCGACAUUUUAGUUCUUGCCGAUCUGUAUAACACGAUGGCAGAAAGUGACAAUGCAAUCCAAAUCGUAAGGAAAGGCUGUAGAUGGCUGCAAGGCCGCGCAGGCCAACGCUUCUGGGAUGGGUGUGCAGACGAUCGAGAAUACGAUUUACCUCCCGAAGAUCGAGGCAAUAUGAAUACAGAGCGAAGCGGCGACAUUCAGCCUGGUCACUAUCCUCUUGACAUCAACGCCCGACACCGACUCGCUAUCGCGCGAAUCAAGCUCGGAGAUGUCGAGGAGGGCAAGAUGCACGCGUCUAUUGUUCUCGCACAAGAUGUUCUCGAUUACGCUGCUCUUUUUGGAGAGAUCGCUGACUCGUAUUUUGAGCGUGAGAUGUAUGCUGACGCCAGGCCGAUAUAUGAAAUUCUUGGCUCAGAACCUGCAACCAGUAGCUUGUACGUACUGCUUCAGGUGGCUGUAUGUCGUAGGAUGCUUGGUGACCUGCAAGAGGCUGCGGAGGUCUAUAAGCAAGUUAUUGAUGCAGAUCAGACCAAUAAUGACGCGAAGAUGAAACUUGCCGAGCUCUACGAAAUCAUGGACGAACCCCGGAAGGCCCUGGAACUCGUUUACCAAGUCAUCGACUCCCGCAAACGACGCGCCCACCAGCCUGAAGCCACUCCCACACCCAGUACCACUCAACCUCAAGGCGCCUCUCUCUUCGAAGAGAAACGCACUAAAGCUAAAAUUCCAGCUCCCGGUAAAAGCAGACUCACAUUGGCCGAGCUCAAAGCGCUCGAAGAGCAACGUGAGCGAGAGGUGAGCUUAGGGUAUUCCCGCGUCGAGGAUCUGUGGCCACGUAUGCGGCAUGGAGAUGCAGAGGCGGAGAGGGAGUGGAUGAUGGAGGCUGAGAAACUCGUGGAGAUGUUUAGGGAGACGAGGAAUUUGUUUGUGACGACUAGGGACUACGACUUUAAGGGCAUGUUCCCAAAGAGAAGAAUACAACGAAGGGACGAUACAGAAGAGGAUAGGAUGGUGUCACGGCUCGAGCUCAAUGAACGCGACAGGCAUACCCGUAAAGCCAAAGAUGAUGGCCAAGCAUCCGAUAAGGUUGAUUCGUUCCGCGGCGUUACAUUUUCAAACUGGCUGAGGAUUUUCAUGCAAUAUACCUUUGUUCUUACCAAACGGGGAGACUACGAUCAGGGUGAAGAAGUCCUGCGCCAUAUCCUUUUAUCGAACGCCUAUCGAGAUUCCAAUUCACAGGACACGAUUCGAAUAACGAUCAUCACGUGCGCCGUCCAUGCUAGCAAGUUCUCUAUCGCGGUAGAACAGUGUCGUAAAAUGAUCAACACCCACCAGUUCAACAACGAAGCUUUUCGUCUUCUGCUGGUUUCGUUAGCUAGCGGACAUCACCCUACUGAUCCGUUCGUUUCUUCCACGUUGCAAAAGCAUACACUUCGUGAACUCCGACUUCACGAUGCUGCGGUCAAAACUCCAGAGCUCAUGAAAUGGAAUGCUAUCGGGCGCAAGUAUAAUCUGUCGUCGUCGGGCAAGGAAGAGCCAUCUAAAGCCGAGGAAGAAGGGGAUGAUGAAGCGGAGAUCCCUGGUCCAGCGGAGAACAACACGACAGAAAAAACAGCGAUCCGAAUGCCUACGAAGCAUAAUCCAAUUAUCGUCACUCUUUAUGGUCAGAUGUCUCUCGCUGCCAAAAGCUACCAGAGCGCCAUAUGCAAGUUAGUAUCCCUUUCCAGGAUCUAUCUGUUGCAUGCAUACGAUUAUUGCCCUGAAGAUCCCGUUGUCUGCCUAUCUCUUGCCAUCGCUUCUCUUGGUCGAGCUUUGCAGCGACAGUCUGACAAUAGACACCACACGAUAGCACAAGGGAUGGCCUUCUUGUCUCAGUAUCGAACACUCCGGAAAUCGUCCGGUGAUGAGAUGCUUGAAGAGGUGGAAUACAAUUUCGGUCGGGCAUUUCAUCAGCUUGGUCUUCACACGCACGCUGUCUCGCAUUAUGAGCGUGUUCUUGAGAUUGCUGAAAAGCGGGGAAACGAGUAUGCAUCCGUCGCAAAAGAGGCCGCGUAUAACCUUUCUCUCAUCUACGUGACUACUGGUGCCGUACCAUUGGCAGAUGGACUGUACAGACGAUGGUUAUCUAUUUGA